CCUUAAAUUGGAAUGUGAGAAACUGGCAAGUGAAAAGACAGAAAUGCAGAGGCACUAUGUGAUGUAUUAUGAAAUGUCGUAUGGAUUAAACAUUGAAAUGCACAAACAGACAGAAAUCGCCAAGAGAUUGAAUACAAUCUGUGCACAAGUCAUCCCAUUUUUGUCUCAGGAACAUCAGCAGCAAGUGGCCCAAGCUGUAGAACGUGCCAAACAAGUGACCAUGGCUGAACUGAAUGCCAUCAUCGGGCAGCAGCAGUUGCAGGCUCAACAUCUCUCCCAUGGCCAUGGACCUCCAGUGCCUCUAACACCACAUCCAUCGGGACUUCAGCCUCCAGGAAUCCCUCCACUUGGAAGCAGUGCUGGCCUUCUUGCCCUUUCUAGUGCUUUGGGUGGGCAGUCUCACUUGGCAAUAAAAGAUGACAAGAAGCAUCACGAUGCAGAACACCACAGAGACAGAGAGCCAGGCACAAGUAAUUCUCUGUUGGUCCCGGACAGCCUGCGAACCACAGAUAAACGCAGGAAUGGCCCUGAAUAUACGAAUGACAUCAAAAAGAGAAAGGUGGAUGAUAAGGAUUCCAGCCACUAUGACAGCGAUGGGGACAAGAGUGACGAUAACUUGGUUGUAGAUGUAUCCAAUGAGGAUCCUUCUUCCCCAAGGGCAAGUCCCACUCAUUCCCCACGUGAAAACGGUAUAGAUAAAACCCGCCUGCUGAAGAAAGACGCCUCUAGCAGUCCAGCAUCUACAGCCUCUUCAGGAAGUUCCACUUCUCUCAAAUCUAAAGAAAUGAGUCUGCAUGAAAAAGCCAGCACGCCUGUUCUGAAAUCCAGCACACCAACUCCUCGAAGUGAUGUGCCAACCCCAGGCACUAGUGCAACUCCAGGACUUCGUCCAGGCCUUGGCAAGCCUCCAACAAUGGACCCUCUGGUUAACCAAGCUGCUGCAGGUUUGCGGACACCAUUGGCAGUACCAGGACCGUAUCCUGCUCCAUUUGGAAUGGUACCUCAUGCUGGCAUGAAUGGAGAGUUAACCAGUCCAGGGGCAGCCUAUGCCAGUCUGCACAAUAUGUCACCCCAGAUGAGUGCUGCUGCUGCUGCAGCUGCUGUGGUUGCCUAUGGAAGAUCUCCUAUGGUUGGGUUUGAUCCUCCUCCUCACAUGAGAGUACCUGGAAUCCCUCCAAAUCUAGCAGGGAUUCCUGGGGGAAAACCAGCCUACUCCUUUCACGUUACUGCAGAUGGUCAGAUGCAGCCGGUUCCUUUCCCUCCUGAUGCCCUCAUCGGUCCAGGAAUCCCUCGUCAUGCCCGUCAGAUCAACACUCUGAACCACGGGGAAGUUGUGUGUGCAGUCACCAUCAGCAACCCCACAAGACACGUGUACACGGGUGGGAAGGGGUGUGUCAAAGUCUGGGACAUCAGCCAGCCUGGCAACAAGAGCCCUGUCUCUCAGCUGGACUGCCUGAACAGAGAUAACUACAUCCGCUCUUGUAAAUUGCUGCCUGAUGGAUGCACCCUAAUAGUUGGCGGGGAAGCCAGCACAUUAUCCAUAUGGGACCUGGCAGCUCCAACUCCUCGUAUAAAAGCAGAGUUGACAUCCUCAGCCCCUGCCUGCUAUGCUCUAGCUAUCAGUCCUGAUUCCAAGGUAUGCUUUUCCUGCUGCAGUGACGGGAACAUCGCAGUGUGGGAUCUGCACAAUCAGACAUUGGUCAGGCAAUUCCAGGGCCACACAGAUGGAGCCAGCUGUAUUGAUAUUUCUAAUGAUGGUACCAAGCUCUGGACGGGAGGUUUGGAUAACACCGUCAGAUCCUGGGACUUGAGAGAGGGGAGACAGCUACAACAGCAUGACUUCACAUCACAGAUAUUUUCCCUUGGUUAUUGUCCUACUGGUGAAUGGUUAGCUGUGGGAAUGGAGAGCAGCAACGUAGAAGUGCUACAUGUAAAUAAACCAGACAAAUAUCAGCUGCACCUUCAUGAGAGUUGUGUAUUGUCACUCAAGUUUGCUUAUUGUGGCAAAUGGUUUGUGAGUACUGGGAAAGAUAACCUUCUUAAUGCAUGGAGAACUCCUUAUGGAGCCAGUAUCUUCCAGUCCAAAGAAUCUUCGUCAGUGCUUAGCUGUGACAUCUCUGUGGAUGAUAAGUACAUAGUCACUGGCUCUGGAGACAAAAAGGCUACAGUCUAUGAAGUUAUCUACUGAAAAAUAUGAUGGGGAUAUAACUUUUAGAAGUUGAACUGGGCCAAAAUUGUUCUUAAUUGUAGAAGUAGAAAGGUUUUGCCUUUUAAAAAGGAACAAAAGUAUUGAGGUUCAAGACCUUGCCAUGCCAUGAAACUACUCCGAUUUUUCAAAAUAGAAGGCAACAUCCAGCAACUAAAUAUUGGCUACGUGGACCAAAUGGAACACAGAGGCAAGAUGGACAGAUGUAGCCUAGGUUUUUGACAUAGUUUUUAAAAGCUGAGUCUACAGAAGAAUGUUGGAGCCUUUUAUUUUUUCUUUCUUUGUGACCUCAUGCAAAUUGUUCUCAUUGCUUGAAUACGGGGGAUAAAUACCUAUCUGUUCCUUGCAGUUCAAGUUGCGUUCUGUCCUGUAAGAGCAGUGGUGUCUCAGAUGAACUUAUUUCCUGGCUUUGCAUCUUGUGAUAUGUUUUUGUAUUUUUGUUGAAGGUCAAACAUUUGUAUAAAUUGUAAAUAUAUUUAGUUUAUUACAGUAAAGGCUUUAGUACCAACAACCAGUCUUCCCUCCCUGUCCCCUUCCUGCCCACCCUGCUUAUUUAAAAUUUAAAAUCUUUUGGGGAUAUAAGUACCUUUUUAGAAGCAAAAGCAAACACUAUGUAUAGUUUGAAAAUAGUGUCUUAUUCUUUAUAACUCUUCCUAGAUUCCUUUAUCAUUCUUCAAAGUAGUUGUUUUGACAUAUUAGGGUAUCAAGUCCAGUAGAUACUGUCUUGUGCUACAGAAAACUUAAAAGGCAAUUUUGUACUAAUUAUAGUGUAAAUAUAAAAAUAGAACAUU